AUGGGGCUCAAGGAAAAAGACCGGCUCCAACGGCACUCGUUGGCCAUCUCCGAGCACAGCCUUCCCGAUCGGUUGACCCAGGCUUUGAAAGCUCUACGACCCGGGAACAUCACUCAAUCGGCCAGUGGAAUGGCUCCAUUUAAGAAUCAUAAGAACAAAAUGGGCUCCACCGUCGACGCAUCCGAUGACGUCGUUUUUAUCCAGGGCGACAAGCCGGCGCAUCCGAUUGGACGAUACCAGAAGUCACCACUGAUCAGUAUCAGGCAAAAAGCACGCUCCGUACUCGAACGGAAUUCGGUGGCCGGCGGAUCGCCUCAGCACUCGGAGCGGAAUCCAUUCCACGAGCCCGCCUUGAGCAGCUUGGAGCAAGUCCGGAAUUUGUACAAGAGUGUGCCCAACGUCAACUAUGAGUGUGUGACGAGCCCGGAGCCGGCCGAGGAGGACGAUGGGUUUUCGUCAACGAGAUCCCCAACGGAUUCUGGAUACAGGUCCACGCCUCGACUUGAUCGGGUACCUGAUCGACCGGACGAGGCCCAUUUAUCCGCGAAUUCCAACUCCCUCGGUGCGUCUUCUGGCUCGGGAUCUUCCCGGGCCGGAUUCCGAUCCCGUGAGGUCGUCUCUGUGACAUCAGAACCGGAAGUGAAAAAUAGCCCCAAGAUUCCUAUGCGAAAUCAGCGCCCGCGAGUUUCGUCCCCUAUUUCAAGUCCGCCAUCUACAGUAGGCUCAAGGCCGGAACGGCAACAACCCUUCAACCGCAGCCACGUGGAUGCUGUGCUCGAAUCAAGAAGAUGCAAAUCAUUCGCGAACUACAUCGACAAGGCUGUUGUCUCAAGACUUCACCAAGUCAUGGUCGAACCACUCGAUGUUCUCACCGAAAAUUUGCAAAGGCUCGUGGCGUACAGUGUCAAGUGUACGGCUCAAGAUGUUGCCUCGGCGAUUAAGAUCUCCUUCCCCCUCGAUCUGUUCGCCAGUUGCUUGAGAUCUGGGCAAAAAGCUGCGUCCGCUUUUUCGAGGAAUGGACCUGGUGCCCUCUCGAUGUCACUAACCGAGCGAGCAGAUCUCUGCUUUCCGGUCGGCCGCUUUUAUCGCUAUUUAAUCGAGAAGCUGCCCGGGAAGCCGAUUUCGGAGCAUGCAGUCGUAUUCUUCACUGCGGCCGUCCAGUGUAUCCUCGAGGAAUUCGUGUUGAGAAUCGUCGAUUCAGACUCCCCCGAAGUCCUGACCUCCCCCAAGUUUGAAGAGCUCCUGAAUUCCAACGCAAGAUCGCUUAUCCAGUAUUUCUCAAACACGGACUCCCUUGCCACGAUGAACCUGCCGAGCCCGAUCUCCUUUGCGAAGCUGGUGGAUGCCGUUCACGCAGUGAGGGAUCGGAUUUUGCACUCGACCGGAAAUGUCAAACGGCGAGCGCAGGUUCAGCUCAGCAGGACAGGCAUUCGAAGUCUUCACUACUUUGCUUGUGGUCCUGGGGUCCCGCAUCAGUCAACUAUUCACAUUGCCGAUUGGGUGCGGUUAAUCUACGCUUUUGCCGAGCAUAGAUUGUCUCCGACGGUUGAUGAAGUGGAUAUCAUGCAGGCUGCCCGUCUCCUUCGUGGUGUCGAUUGCCCGCCUCCUUCUGCUUCACUCUGCAGAAGGGAGCUGGCCGCGGAUGCUGGACCGCAAGACGCGAAGAUGACCUUUGCAUUUGGGCUGAUUGCUACCGGUAAUGCCGAAAACGUUCGCCACGGGAUUGCACUGCUCGAUGCGGAGCGGAAUAAUGCCAGGAGUUGCUUUGGAAUGUGCCCCCUCGCCGAGUCCGUCGUUCAAUCAAAUUCCGAAGCAACAAGCGCGCUAUUAGCUGCCGGAUGGCCAACGGACAUGGCAAUUCCGUCAGUGAAGAAUUGUCUUCCCGGAUAUGCCGGCUGGACGCCUCUAACAUGGGCAGUGGCUAUUCAGAAGCACAAUAUGGUCAAAAUGCUGUUGAAUUCUGAUGCGAAGAUGGACUGUCCGGAAAUAGUGAACGAGACCCCGUUGCAAAUCUCGGUCCAACAAGGAUGCCUAGAAAGUGUAAGGCUUCUGCUGGAUCGCGGCGCUGAUCCGUCUAGGACCUGGAAAGCUGAGCAGACGUUGGAUAAUCACAUCGGAUCGAUUUCGCCUGUAGCAGCAGCCGCAAUAAGAGGCAAUCGAACUGUCCUGACGGCUCUGCUAACAAAAAUGGGUGAAGCAUCCGGAUCGUCAAAACACCGAGUCGAAAUCUUGGGACAGCAUGAUGGCAGCCUGGAAAGCUUGUGUGAAUACGAAAAGCUGACCGAUUCCGGUAAGAAAGCCGUGCGAGAAGCUCUCUACUAUGCCGUGGAGACCGAGAAACCGGAUGUAGCCGUGUUUUUGAAAUAUUUGGUCGACGGCCUACCUUGGUCGACCUUCAUCUGGACAAGAGCCCUCGAAUCGUCCCUCCAAAGAGCCGACCCCAGGCUCGUGCACUCCAUCCUCGCUGAUUUCGGUCCAAAUAUUGCUGCGGAUCUGAAUGAGGAGAACCUGAAUAGAACGCUUGUUGUGAGCUCUCCAGCAAGAAUUGUCGAGGAUUCCGGAAAUGAGCCGGAAAAAUGCACGUCCCCCACAAUUCCGGUGCACCGGAACAUCAUAGACCCGAGCUAUGUCAACAGCGAGCAGCUGUCGGAUAUCCGAUUCCAGGUCGACGGCAAAAUCGUCUACGGCCACCGCAUCGUGCUCGUCAACGCUUCUGAAAAGUUCAGAAGCCUACUGCAAAGCCCCGACGGGGUCAUCCCGAUCUCCGACGUGCCGUUUGCCGUAUUUCUGUCCCUGAUGGAAUUCGUGUACACCGGGCGGCUAUCGACACCAAGCCGCGGGCCCGGGCAGUUGUUCCAGAUUCUCAAAGCAUCACAGGCCUAUGGACUUCCGGGGCUUGAGACCGAAGUCCUUCGUAUCCUCACCCUCUCUGUCGACAACGCAAAUUUUGUCGAACUCUACAAUUUUGCCAUGCAUCACCAAAUCGAAGACUUAUUAAAGCACUGCGAAAAUUAUCUAUUACUUCACUUACCCACGCUUUGCUCAGAUCCGAAUUUCUCUAUCCUGCUCCUCCAACCGCCGCCCAAUUAUGAUGUUUGUUCUGCCAUCCGUGAGCGAUUAUCUACAGAAUUCAUCGAAUGCCGCCGCAAGUCUGCCAGCGGU